AUUUAAUGGUGUUUUGCAAACACUGAUUGUCUGUCUGUUUGUGAUCUCAUCUCAAAUCAAGUGUUCAUUUAGCCAUUGGUUGAGUGAUUGGUGAGGAAUGGCUGUUAAUACCGGUCGUCCCAUCACAGAGUUUGCCGCUUACCUCAAGAGGGACCUGACGUCCCACACGAGACGCGUCCAGAAUCUGUUUAAAAGGAUUUCCCGCAACGAGGAGUCGUGGCUCGAAGACAGACACGACAUCCGCUAUAAGCUGACUCUAGUGAGGGCUGAGUUCGAGAAGCACCGGCACGUGAAGGACAUGCGAGUGGCGAAGGCCUUACUCGAAGAGGGCGAGCGCUACCUAUUCCUCAACAUUCAUCCGCAGCCCAAGAAAUUCACGUUCAGUCCGGGGGGCGUGUGCUUCGAGCGCUACCACGACUACCCCGACUGGCACGCGGACUACUGGCACCCCCUCGAGAAGGCUCGGUAUCCCUAUUACUUCGCCAAACGAGAACUCCGGAAGAAGCAAUUCAUCCAAUUGUGGGAAAAGGGAAACCACAACACGACUGGUGAUGACGGACACACCGCUCACCACUGAAACCACACUCUCGACCACUGGUCCUCUUUUGUUGAAUCUUUUAAUUUAGUUUUGGUUUCAAAAUUAAAACAAAUGUUUAGAAAUUAAAUAAAAUGUAGAUAUUAUUGGAUUUAGUGAUUAAACUAUUCAUACAAAUCACAU